UGGGAUCAUCAUCAAUCUUGUUCUUGUUCUUGUUUUUCCUCUUGAACUAUCUGUUGGGCUCACUAUAGAUUUAAGAAGAAAAGGAAAGAAAUUUCAAGAAAAAGAUCUCUUCUUUGUCUCCAUCUCUGUUUCUUUCUUCCUUCACAGCUCAGACUGCGAUCACGCCCAGGUAAAAACCAUCAGUGUCAAUAUGUGCUACGUAUGACAGAAUCUCGGGGCAAUAAGCAUCAGCAGCAAAUCCCGCUUCAUUUCAAACCUUCCGUUCUGAUGGUAUCAAUUCCAUUCGAUCUUGUAUAUGAUGCUUUGUUCUGAUUUGAGAAGUCGUAUACAGUCUUGGCUUCGUGAUUAUGAUAGGAUUCAAUCCCUUGCCGUGAUUCUCAUUUACAUUCAAAUUGGUUGUGCAUUGGUUGGAUCUGUUGGAGCAUUGUAUAACGGAGUUGCGUUGAUCAAUUUAGCAAUUGGACUAUUUGCACUUGUUGCAAUUGAAAGUAGCAGUCAAACCCUAUGCAGAACCUAUGCUGUUCUUCUGUUCUUCUCAAUCAUACUCGAUGUAGUCUGGUUCACGCUCUUUGCUCAUGACAUUUGGAACAUAUCUUCUGAAAUUUAUGGGGUCCUUGCUGUAUUUUCAGUGAAGCUGACCUUAUUGAUGCAGAUUAUUGGAUUGUUUGUUAGGCUGUCUUCAUCAUUUUUAUGGGUUCAAGUGUAUAGAUUGGGUGUUUCUAGUGUAGAUCGAGCUGAUGGUGAAUUUGAUGUUCGAAAUAGUUUUCUUAGUCCUGCAACCCCUGUUAUAGGUAGACAUACAUCUGGUUCAGAUGAUGCUCUAGGAGGGUCUGUCUACGAUCCAGCUUAUUAUUCUUCCCUCUUUGAAGAUGUUAAUAAUUCAUCAGUGGUGAGUGGCACAAAUGGCUUAAAUGAAGGACUGUCGGUUGUGGUCUCUAGUGGUGAUGGAGGUUCUCAGAGGAAGCCACCUUUGGGCAAAUCUCCUCUUGGUAGUAGUGAGGAGAAUGUGUUUGACAAGUUUCAGAGUGUUUGAUGAGAUUAUUAGAAUUUUGCCCUCAUUUUGUAGUUGUAUUUGUUGAAGAUUCAUUCUUAGUGUUGGUUGUACUAAACUUGGCCAAUUAUUUCAGAAAUUUCAAUGAAAGCCAGCCUUUGUACA